UCUUUUUUGAAAUAAUUCGUUUUUCUUCUUUUUUGCUGUCAGAAGCAAAAAAAAAAAAAAAGCUGAAUCUCUCUGUUUAUUUUUUGUUGUUGGUGGUUCCUCUCUCACAACAAUUUCAAUGGAGACAUUGAAGAAGAAUCCAUCAGUGAGAAGAAAAAACAAGUUAGCGAGAACAUUCCAGAAGGUAUGCAACCUCAGAACAACCUCGACGAAGGUCUCCUCCACCAACAACGGAAUCGGAAUCUGUAUGUUGAAGAAAUCACAUAAUCCUAACUUCAACGUCGACGAAGACGACGACGACGGAGGAGACUCUGUUUUCGAUUUAAAAAGCACCACUUCGAGCAGCACCAGAAGCGGAGAGCUCAAAAUCCGAGAGCGUCGUCGAGCUGUGUUCGAAGCCGUCGUCGCUAAGAUCUUCGCCAGCACGACUACGAUCAAAGCCGCUUACGCCGAGCUUCAGAUGGCGCAGCGUCCGUACGACAACGACGCUAUACAAGCGGCGGAUACCGCGGUGGUCGAGGAGCUGAGAGCUUUGUCGGAGCUUAAACGGAGUUUUCUAAGGAAGGAGCUGAACCUGUCUCCGCAAGUCGCGAUUAUGUUGGCUGAGAUCCAGGAGCAGCAGAGCUUGAUGAGGACUUACGAAAUCACGAUUAAGAAACUCGAGUUCGAAGCUACGGAGAAGCAAUUGAAGAUCGAUGAGUUGAAGACGAGUCUCGAAGAGAGCUCCGCGGUUAACAAAUCGUUGGAGAAGAAACUCACGACGAGCGGAUCGGUUUCGAUCUCUGUGUUUGAUAGUAUUCGAAUUUCGAAUCCGAGUUUGAGUCAGUUCGUUCAGGUUUUAGGUUUUACUUUGAGAUCCGUUAGAAGCUUCGUGAAAUUGAUUGUGAAGGAGAUGGAAUCAGCGAGCUGGGAUCUCGACGCAGCCGCUUCCGCCGCCGUUUCGAUUCACGUUAAAAACGCUUCGACCGUUUUCGCCAGGCCGAGUCACCGUUGUUUCGCGUUUGAAUCGUUCGUCUGUGGGAAAAUGCUGGAAGGUUUCGAAUCUCCUCCUAAUGAUGAUAAUUUCGAAUUCGAAAACUUGAGAUCCGUUGACCCGGUUCGGUACUUGACCCGGAACCCUGGUUCGUCUUUUGCGAAGUUCGUGGUUCACAAGUACUUGAGCGUGGUACACGCGAAGAUGGAGUGUUCCUUCUUCGGGACCUUGAACCAGAGGAAGCUGGUUAACUCGGGCGGGUUUCCGGAUUCGGGUUUCUUCGCGACGUUUUGUGAGAUGGCUAGACGGAUCUGGCUUCUACACUGCGUGGCGUUUUCUAUAAGCGAAAACGUCACGGUGUUUCAGCUCAAAAGAGGUUGUAGGUUCUCUCAAGUGUAUAUGGAGAGUGUGAAAUCAGGAGACGAGUCACAAUUCUCCGGUGAUAAUUCGGAUAUCCGGGUCGGGUUCACGGUUGUUCCCGGGUUUAAAAUAGGCGAGAACGUUAUACAAAGCCAGGUUUACUUGUCACCGGGUAACGGUUAUCCUCCGCCUUCUUCAUGAACCAUACAAGCGGUGGUGGUGGUUGUGACUUGUGAUACGCGCCGGGGGGAAGAAAAAGAGGGGUGGCGCGUGAUAGGGAGAUGUGGUGGGGGCAUGAGUCCUUGGGGGCAGCAAGACUGGCAAGUGGGACAUGUUUUAGAGAAUGUGAUGGAGACAGAAAAAUUGGCGCGAGGGACAUAAAUCAUCAUUGAUGAAAUAGUUUAGUAAAACAAAAUGAUAUUUUUUUUUUAAAAAAAAUGUUUAAAGUUUUAGAUUAUAAAAUACAUCUAAAGUAGAAAUGGCAUGGAAGAAAAAAUAAUAUUCUGUGUUUUUUUUUUCUUUUUCUUUUUAACGUACAAGUUAUUUUGUUUGUUAUAUAGUAUAAACCUGAUAUAGUCUUUUUUUGGAGUUGGUCGGAACAUGCUUGUAAAUAUUUUAUAAUCAAUCUAAAAAAGCUAGAGAUAUUUUAAAGCUA